GUGGCAUAUCGUCCUAUAUUACAGAGUAAAUGAGUAGUUAUUAUCACAAGUUCCUCUAGAGGAUGAAUAGAUCGAAGAGUUGCAUGGCAGAAUCUUGCAGGGAUAUCAUUCCAAGUCAGUUUCCCAUUUGCAUAGAGUAUAAGUCCCAACCAAUGAAAAUGUGAUACAUAGAAUUGCCGCAUGAAACCAUGCUAUCAGCCAUUUAGGAUUUUCAGUAAUUAUCAUUUCAUUUUUAUAUUCGAGAGAAACGAAAUCCAAGGGGGUUAAGAUCUGAGAGAUUAAUGAACCAAAAUGAUAAAAGAGUAUGCUAAACCUUCACAGUCCAGAAGAUGCAGUUGAAAAAUUGUAUGAAAAUCCCAUUGAUCUUGCUAACUUUUUGACAACAGGUAGGGAUAGCUUUAUUUUCAAUGUAAACUACAUAUCUGUACGACUACAAUUCUGUAAUUUUAUAAAAAUUAUUGAAGCAUCUCUUAAUUCAUUCUUUUAGUUCCAAAUAUGGCGCAAGAACAGGCGUUCAUAACAAGCGACUCACUUUCAAAAUGUGAGACCUAUUUCGAAAUCAUACAAUCUAGAAAGAAGCUACCGCUGUCAUUGCAGGAGACCUUGACAGAUGCAUUUGCAAAGAUUCCGGUCUCUUCUUUUCCAGAUGUUCCUAGUGGAAAAGUGAUUGAAAUUCUAGCAGACACGCCCGUAGGGGAAGCAGUUAAGAUUCUAUCUGAAAGAAACAUUUUAGCAGCACCAGUAAAAGACCCAGACGCAGCUGAUAGUUCAGAUUGGAGAGCCAAGUACCUUGGCAUCAUUGAUUAUUCAGCCAUCAUUCUUUGGGUGCUGGAGAGCGCAGAACUUGCAGCAGCUGCUAUAUCAGCAGGUUCAGCAACAGCUGCUGGAGUUGGUGCAGGAACCGUUGGUGCUUUGGGAGCAAUAGCAUUGGGAAUGACAAGUCCUGCUGCAAUGGCGGGAAUAACUGCUGCUGCAGCAGGUGCUGCACUGGCAAGUGGCAUUGCUGCAGAAAAUAUGAUGACUAAAGGUGCACCUCAAGCUGCUGAUAACCUGGGAGAAGAUUUUUACAAAGUUUUACUGGAAGAAGAACCCUUCAAGUCAACAACGGUGAAAUCAAUACUUAAAUCAUAUCGAUGGGCACCUUUUGUUCCAGUUGCAAGAGAUAGCGCUAUGUUGACUGUCUUGUUACUUCUCUCAAAGUAUAGGCUGAGGAAUGUACCUGUCAUAGAACCAGAUAAACCUGACAUGGUGAACUUCAUUACUCAGUCUGCAGUUAUCCAAGGUCUUGAGAGAUGCAAAGGCAGAGAUUGGUUUGACUGCAUUGCAGAAAAGUGUAUAUCUGAUCUUGGACUUCCAUUUAUGUCUACAGCUGAGGCAAGGAUUGGUGUCUUAUAUUUUCAGUUUCCCUUGGCUGUAAGGUUUAAAAACAUAAUUUUUCUUCCUGUUCAGGUUAUUAGCAUUCAGAGCAAUGAGUUGAUUCUUGAAGCUUUCAAGCAAAUGAGGGAUAAUAAAAUCGGUGGACUUCCUGUAGUAGAGGGGCCAAGGAAGAAAAUUGUUGGAAACGUGAGCAUACGAGACAUCAGAUACUUGCUGCUAAGUCCUGAGAUCACAAAUUUUAGGCAACUGACUGUGAUGGAUUUCCUGAAAAGAAUUGUCUCUUCGUCCCUGCAAACUGGGAACGCUAGCCACCAGCCUAUAACAUGCAAGCCUGACUCGACACUGCAGAGUGUGAUCCAUACUCUUGCUUCUCAGUCUAUUCACAGGAUUCAUGUGGUAGAUGGACAAGAUGAAUUAGUUGGAGUCAUUACACUGAGAGAUGUUAUCUCUUGUUUUGUAACCGAACCUCCUUACCAUUUUGAUGAUUACUAUGGAUUUGCAGUGAAGGAAAUUUUUAUUCAGUGAUCUUUGUGGAAGUUAAAAUGGG